ACUGUAAUAUACGUGAGCUCAGACAUUUUUUUUAUAUACUCCAUAAGUUUGCCAAAUUAAUUUGGGCUGGAUACAGUAGGACCUAUUUGGACAGCACAACAACAUGUCUGUUAGGAAUCCGAAACAAACUGUUUUGAACCCUACAAUUCCGCUCGCUGUAACCAUUCUUGGGGGACUCACUCCAGGCGAAAUGGUUCUUGUUCAAGGAUCAGUUCCAAGUGAAGCAGACAGGUUUCAGGUGGAUUUCACAUGUGGGAGCAGUGUUAAGCCCAGGGCAGAUGUGGCCUUCCACUUUAACCCUCGCUUCAAGAAGUCCUACAUCGUUUGUAACAGUUUGCAGCAUGAGCAGUGGGGCAAAGAGGAUAUCCACUCUCUAAUGCCGUUCAAGAAAGGAGCCAUUUUUGAGAUCAUCAUACUAAUAGAGAAAGAUGUUUACAAGGUGGCAGUAAAUGGUGCUCAUGUGCUAGAAUAUAAGCACAGAGUAGAUCUGGGCAAGGUGGACACAUUGGCAAUAUCAGGGAAGGUUCAGAUCCAGGCCAUAGGAUUCUUCCCAAGUACAAAUUCAGCCGUUUCUCUAGCUGAUGUGGCUGGGCCAGGGACAAAGGAUAAUGCUGUGCUGUCAGAAUCACUCGAUAUGAGUCUUCCAUUUAGAAGAAAGCUAACGAAGGGCCUGAGUCCAGGACACACAAUCACUAUCAAGGGCCAGAUUGGUGCCUAUUCACACAGCUUCACUGUGAACCUGCACGUUGGGGGCUCCGAGGACAUUGCACUACACCUAAACCCACGUCUUAAGACCGGUGUGUUUGUUCGGAACUCCUACCUGUCUGAGUGCUGGGGUCCAGAGGAGAACACCCUACCCAGCUUCCCCUUUCAGCCGGGGGAAUACUUUGAGAUGAUCAUUCUGUGUGAGGUGCAGGAGUUUAAGGUGGCGGUGAACGGGAUUCACCAGCUGAGCUACAAACACCGUGUGCAGGACCUCAGCCGUGUUGACGAGCUGGAAAUAAUGGGCGACGUGCAGCUGCUCGACGUUAGGAUGUGGUGAUCAGGCCCGCAUGUGCUCACGUCCCGGCCUGAUGUGUUACACCCGAGCUCCACAGCCAGACCAAAUUUCAUAACCAGUUAUGCACCUUUUUAACAAAAAAAUGAAUGACAACAAAGCCUUUAAGCCUUGGGGUUGAGUGGUGUUUGUUUGUAUGUUUUUGUUUUAGUUUCUUAUUUGUUUGGUUCUUUCUCUUUUGUUGUGUAUGAAACU